AUGUGUUUCAUCUCUUAUAGCCAUUGACAACAUCGAUUAUUUCAACUCCGUCGAGGAAUGCGCAAUUUGACAGAAGAGGAACUCCGUGUGGUUUUUGAGAAACUAGCCAAAUUUAUUGGUAAAGAUAUCAAAGCAUUGGUAGAAGACUCUAACGAAAACUACUGUUUCCGGCUACAAAAGGAUAGAGUGUACUAUGCGAGGGAGGUUGUUGCUGCUGCCGCCACAAAUAUAGCGAGACAUAAUUUGGCAAGUUUGGGAAUAUGUGUUGGAAAAUUUACUCACGGUGGUAGAUUUCAAGUGCAUAUCACUUUUGUAACAUAUUUGGCAAGAUUAGCAAAGUACAAAGUUUGGUUGAAACCACAAUCCGAAAUGUCAUUUUUGUAUGGAAAUAAUGUAUUGAAAGGUGGAGUUGCUAGAAUGACGGAAAAUACGCCCAAAAAUCAACAAGUUGUUGUAUUCAAUCAGAGUGAAAUACCUCUUGGGUUUGGUGUUUCUGCUCGUUCUUCUUUGGAAGUACAACAAGCUAGUUCGACCGACUUGAUAGUUUUGAAUCAAGCAGAUGUAGGAAGUUAUUUAAGAGACGAAGAUCAUUUUGUGGGUUGUGGGCUUUGAAGAGGUUGUCAUGUUGAUGACCUCGAUCACUCCAAAUGGAAUAAAUAGCAUUUCUACUUUUCGUCAUUGGAAGUGGUUCAAGUUGUACAC